AGAAAGUCUGAGAAGCGAAAGUGAAGCCAAUCGCUUUGUCUGGUGUCUGCAGUUGGCAGCUUCUGCAGCCAUGGCCUCUGGAGACUCUCUGAAGAAGCUUUGUGAGGAACUGGCCUGUCCCAUCUGCUUGGAGUAUUUCAAGGAGCCUGUGAUCCUCUCUUGUGGGCACAAUUUCUGCCAAUCCUGCCUGGAUCAAUGCUGGGAGGGGAAAGAGGCCUCCUGCCCACAAUGCAGGGAGAAAGUGCAGGAAGGGGGCAUCAUGCCAAAUAGGCAGCUGGCGAACCUGGUGCAGAUUGCCAAGGAACUGGGGAGCCAGAAGGCGGAAGAAAAGGGGAGAGUCUGCCAGAGGCACCAGGAGCCCCUGAAACUCUUCUGCAAGGACCACAAAGCCCCCAUUUGUCUGGUGUGUGACAGGUCAAAGGAGCACGAAAACCACAAGGUUAUCCCUCUGGACGAAGCAUUAAAGGAGUACAAGGAUCAGAUUUGGAAUUUUCUGGAGACUCUGAAGAAGGAGAGAGAGAAAAUCCUAGCCUACAAAACAGACACAGCACGGGAAAGCCAAGAUUUGCUUGAGAAAACCCAGAAAGAGAAGGAGAAAACUGUGGCUGCAUUCACACUCAUGCAUCUGUUUCUAGAAGAACAAGAGAAGAAUCUCCUGGCAAAAAUGGAAGAGGUAGAGAAGGAGAUUUCAGCGAAAGGAGAGAAACAUCUGGCCAGACUCUCCAAAGAACUCUCCUCUCUCUCGAAACUCAUCCAAGAGAUGGAGGAGAAGCAUCAGCAGCCAGCAAGUGAAUUCCUACAGGAUACCAGGAGUGCCUUACAGGGGUAUAAGAAUAAGGAGAAAUUUGAGACUUCUGCAGCCUUUCCUCCUGCCCUGAAGUGGAAGAUUUGGGACUUUUGUGAUAUCAAUCCCUUUCUGGAGGGUGUCAUGAAGCAAUUUAGAGCCUCUCUGGAAUAUGGGAUUCAGCAGCGGAAAGCACAUGUGACCCUGGAGCCAGACACAGCCCAUCCUUGGGAAGAUCGCAGGCAUUUAAAGUUUCCAGAUGAAUGGAAAUCUCUUCCUGACAAUCCUGAGAGAUUCAAUCUGCGUGAUUAUGUUUUCGGCCGGGAGGGAUUCACAGGAGGCAGGCAUUUCUGGGAAGUCGUCCUGCGGAGUCCGGAAGAAUGGUCUGUGGGAAUUGCCAGAAAGUCUGUGCAGAGAAAGGACUUAAUCCUCAGUGGCCCUAAGGUUGGGAAAUUAAAUUUGGAAUGGUUGAUGAGGGGAUACUUGGUCUCAGAUACCAACACAUCUGUACGGAGAAAGAAUUCAGGCGGCUUUGGUCCUCGUGCUGGGGUCUGGCAAGUGGGAAAGUGGGAGAGUGCGUACAGGUUCUCCUCCGACAAUGAUGCGUCCCCAUCUCUGACCCUGAGCAAGGAGCCCAAGAGGUUCCGAGUGAGUCUGAACUACGAAGGGGGUCGGGUGGCUUUUUACGAUGCAAACUCAGCAGCCCUGAUCUUUGAAUACCCUCCAGCCUCUUUCUCAGGUGAGACCCUCCUCCCCCUGUUUUAUAUGACUAAAAAAGGCCAACUGGAGCUCUCUCCCUAAGGAUGGGGAGCAAUGUCCAAAGACUCAUACCAUCUGAGACACAAGAAGAGAUUUGUCUCUAGAGAUCUGGAGUUGUUGAUUCUUGUUGCUCUCUCUGCUCCCUAUACAUAUUUGUAAAAACAUGACUGGGAGGCUGGAGUGUGAACGUUAAAGCCACUCCUCAUGGCAGUGCUCAGCUCAUGGGUCAGCCGGAGACUUCUUCCUCCCAUUUGGAAAACCCAGCUACAACAAGAACAACAAAGAGGGAAUAAAAGACCCAAAUCUACUUUUAGUCAAGAAUUCCAUUUAUUGUAAGCCUUUUUGCUCCUUCUGAAACCUCUCUGCUCUCUCUUUACAUUUUUGUGAAAACCCGACUGGGAGGUUUUUCCCGGGGAUGUAAGCAGGACUUGGCUGUGACAUUAAACAAAGGGGGUGAUCAAGUGCAGCCUUGUCACACUCCCUUGCCAACUUGCUGCAUUUCUUUUUCUCUGUCUUCGUCCUCAUAGUGGCCCCUUGUCCUGAGUGGAAGCUACACAUUAGGAAAAUCAAAUGUCGUGGUGCACCCAUUUCUUUAUGAACAAUCCAUAGGUUUUUUUUUAUGACUUGCAUAAUCAAAGGAUUUGCUAUAAAUGAUAAAGUAGAGGUUGGUUUCCCCCUGAAAUUCUUUUCUGCAGUCCAUUAUCCAACAUAUAUUUCAAUAUGAUCCCUUGUGCCUCUUCCUUUUCUGAACACAGUUUGGAGAUUUGGCAUUUUUCACUCUUUAUAUAAUAAAAUACUUGUUUUGGUAACA